AUGGGCCUCAUUGCUUCCUUAUGCCGCAGAAUCACUGUCAGAGCUGCUGGUGGAACCACAGACACGUAAAGACUUGUACAGACUCACAGGAAACACAGGAACACACAGUCCUCAGCUGACAGGGAGCUUCAGGGGAGUUGGUCUCUGUGUGGGACACAGGAGACAUGAACUCUGACCUGGAGGAGCAGGAGGACGAACUGCUCGCUCUCCUCAGCAUCUUCGGGCCGGAGGAGUUUGUCCGGAAUGAGUCGAGUCCUGCCGGUGAAAUCCGAGUGUCGGUGGAGCUUCCUGCUGACUUCACGGUGGCUCUGACAGAAGGUGGAACCGUGAGACAGUAUGAGCUGUCGUCCCUCCCCCCUCUGCUCCUGACCUUUGAACUCCCUGCAGAUUACCCAUCAUCCUCCCCUCCUUCCUUCACCCUGACCUGCAGCUGGAUGAUACUCUCACAGCUCUCUGCACUGUGCUCUCAGCUCACCGACCUCUACCAGGCCACCGGAGGCGCUGUGGUGCUCUUCUCCUGGGCCCAGUUCCUCAGAGAGGAUGCCCUCAGGUUCCUGGAGGUUCAUACUCACCUGGAGCUCCCCUCGGACGAUCACAGCUCUCAGCACUUUAGCCUGAACUCACAGAAUCAGAACAAUGGAGACACGUCAGAAUCAGGAUCCACAGAUGACCUUAAAGAAUCAGGGAACAGUGAAGAUUCCUCAAAUGAAAGGGAUGUUUCAUCUUUGCUUCCCUCUGGCCCCUCAGGCGAUUUCGAUCACAUUGAACAAGGAGCUUCUGCUCUGCCGCUGCACCCGAGAGAAUCCUUUCAGAACAAAGAGCCAACCCUCUCCAGUCUCCCCCCAACUCCGUCACUAACUCUCCUGUCGCAGCUCUUGAUCCACGACGCUGCCCAGAAGCAGAGAGAGUUCUCCGUCACCCUGUUUGACUGCGGCGUGUGUUGUGUGGGCUGGCUGGGGUCGGAGUGUGUGCAGUUGCCAGAGUGCGGUCACAUCUUCUGUCAGGCCUGUCUGUCUCAGAUCUGUAAGAUGCAGAUAACAGAGGGGAACGUCCGGGGCGUCACCUGUCCUGAGACGUCCUGCAAGGCCAGUCCCACUCCUGCACAGGUGAGGAGUCUGGUCGGAGAGGAGCUGUUCAGCCGCUACGAUCGUCUCCUGCUGCAGUCGACUCUGGACCUCAUGUCUGAUGUGACCUACUGUCCUCGCCGCUCCUGUGGUUCGCCCGUCAUCGUGGAGAAGUCCCACACCGCGGCACUGUGCUCCGUGUGCCGCUUCCCUUUCUGUGUCGGCUGCAGGAAGACGUACCACGGAGCCCAGGACUGUCAGAAGAAGAAAAGCCUGAAGGACCUGAUGGAAGCCGACCUUCAGCAGGGGCACGUGGACGUGCCGCAGUCACAAGAGGGGAUGAGGGCUCUGUCAGACGACUACGCCAGCGGCAGCGAGGAGAGACGGCGCCUCCUGCAGAGCAGAUACGGCCGCAGGAUGCUGCAGGUCGUCCUGCCGGAGUUUCUGAGUGAGGACUGGGUGGUGUUCAACAGCAAGAGCUGCCCUCACUGCUUCUGCAAGAUAGAGAAAAACGGAGGAUGUAACAUGAUGACGUGCUCUCGGUGCAGACAGCUGUUCUGCUGGACCUGCCUCACCAGGCUGCAGAGAGCUAGUACAGGAAGUCACUUUCAGGACGGCUCCUGCUCUCUCUAUGGAGAAUACCUGCCCUAGUCCUUCAGAUACUGUCCCCAUCACACAUGUGGAUCAUAGACUCUUUAAUAUUUAAUGAAAAAUACCAUAGUUUAGAGCAUGUUUUAAAACUAUUAUGAUCACAAUACAGUAAAGAAUGUAUAUCCUGUAAACUUGAGGUGUUUUAUGGCUCAGGGAUGUUUUUAAAAUCACAGUUUAUUUAAAGAAAAACGAAGAAACAUACAAAUAUCACAUUAGUGUCACUGUCAGAAAUAAUAAUUUGAAAACUAAAUCUAACUUACUGUCUUAUUCACAAAUAACAUGUCCAGCCUCAUGUGUCAUAGUGUCGUAUGGCUGCUAGAUGUUGUGGUUGUGAAUUAUGGUACAACUGAUACAACUGAACUUAAUCUCAAUGUUAUUUACUUGAAAAUCGGAUUAGUUGAUUGGUCGAUAAAAUCUGAAAAUGGUCACAAAUAUCCCUUGUGUUGUAAAUAUGAGCGAUGACUUAAAAACUGAAGAGUGAUGUCUUCAAACUAUUUUUUGCCUAAACCGUCCAAAGCCUGAAAUUCCAUCAUUAAAGACAAAGUAAAAAACUAACGUUCACAUUUUAGAGGCUAGAACCAGUAAAUCAGUUUUACCUAAAAAUGACUUGAAUGAUCAUUUGCACUUUACACUCACCACACAUGAGUUAUUUAUAUAACUGUUUUAUUGUUGCUGCAAAGCCAAGCAGCCGCCACCCAAGACUCUUACCUAUCAAAUAUUACAUGCAUGUAAUUUAAUAUAAAUAAUAAUCAUACGUGAUCUGAAUUAAUGACAAAAUUGCUGCUAUUUACUUUUCAGUAAUCAAUCAAUCAAUUAAAUGACUGAUCCCUGUAGUUCCCAGUAAACGUGGAGUAACUACACAGCAACGAAUUAAUUAUUCUGCUGGAGAUUUAAUUGUGAAAUAGCUGCUUAAUAUUUCAUUGGUGAAUAAUCACAGGUUUGAUUUCCCUGCUCUUUUGAUCCUGUGAACUAAACAGGUUCUGGUCAGAUCGUUUAAUCGCUCCUCUAAAUCAUCCAUUAUCUAUACUUUACACACACAGACUGGAGAACAUGCAAACCCCACACAGAAAGGCCCGGCACGGUCUGCAGGUAUGAACCCAGAACCUUCUUGCUGUGUGAGGCGACAGUUCUAACCCGCUGCACCACUGUGUCGCCUCUUCUCUGAAGUAUCAAACUGUGAUUUCACUCCAGACCCUUACUUUUUCUAUUUUUUGCCGGACCAGGCAUCUUUUAGCUCCAUCCCGUUUUCAGCGUAACAAAUUACAAUAUGGUGUAGUUAUCACAAAAAGAUAAUAUUUAAAGCCUUUGGAAAAAAUGAUGAUGUGCCUUCUUUUAAGACCCGGCCUCCAGAAGUCUCUAACAUGGAGCGGGUCUGAUGCAGCUUCACUUUGCUCUGAAACCUUUCUGGUCUCAUCUCUCAAGCAGGGACUAAAUGUGCAUAUAUGAGAGUAUGUGGGUCACUGGUUUGCAGAUAUCUAUUUAUCGGUUGGUGCUGAUUUGUUUUCUACAUGAGCAGAUUCUUCUUUUGUGUGUUUACAUGUCUUUUUUUUAGCUGCGCUGCUUCUUUAUACAACUGAAGUUUCAUAAAUAAAAUAUGAAAAAAAAAGGGGCAGUU